GGGCACCCCUGGGUUAAGCCCGUAGCUUCAAUGUUCACAAAGCUGAAAGCAUGAUCAGGAAGCAUGUGGUGUUUAGGGAACAGAUGAAAGUAGACACCAUCCUAUCUGACUGGAAACCUCCAGAGGUGAUUGAGAAGUAUGUAUCUGGAGGGAUGUGUGGCUAUGACCGUGAGGGAAGUCCAGUCUGGUACGAUGUGAUUGGCCCUCUGGAUCCUAAAGGUCUGCUGAUGUCAGCCACCAAACAGGACUUCCUGAAGACUAAGAUCCAAAACACAGAGAUGCUACGGCAGGAAUGUCAAAAACAGUCUGAAAAGUUGGGGAAGUACAUUGAAUCCAUCACUCUAAUCUAUGACUGUGAAGGACUUGGAUUGAAGCACAUUUGGAAACCUGCUAUUGAGACCUAUGGAGAGAUCCUCACCAUGUUUGAAGACAACUAUCCUGAAGGCUUGAAGAGGGUGUUUCUCAUCAAAGCGCCCAAAAUGUUUCCUGUGGCCUACAACCUGAUCAAACACUUUCUGUGUGAGGAAACACGGCGCAAGAUCAUUGUUUUAGGAAGUAACUGGCAAGAAGUGCUACGUGAACAUAUUGACCCAGAUCAGCUUCCAGUGGUGUAUGGAGGAACUCUGACUGACCCUGAUGGAGACCCCCACUGCAGAACCAUGAUCAAUUUUGGUGGUACAGUUCCCAAGUCCUACUAUGUGCAGGAUUCAGUGAAGGUUCAGUAUAACAAAAGUGUGACCAUCAGCCGUGGCUCUGUCAUCCAGCUGGAGUAUGAUGUUCCUGCAGCCAGCAGCCUCCUGAGGUGGCAGUUUGCCAGUGAUGGAGCAGAUAUUGGGUUUGGAGUGUACAAGAGGACUAAAGAGGGCAGCCAACAGAAGAUAGCUGAAAUGCAGCAAGUUCUACCCAGCGAGCGCUACAAUGCACACUUGGUCCCUGAAGAUAGCUGCCUCACCUGUCCUGAGCCUGGAGUCUAUGUGCUGUGUUUUGAUAACAGCUACAGCAUCCUUCAGUCCAAGAAAGUGAGAUACAAGGUUGAAGUUAUUCCACCGGCAGAUGUUCUGAUGCAAUAUCCACGCAGCAGUGGUGAUGGAAGGCUACAGUGAGGACACCCACAGCUGAGAGGACACAGUUCUGAUCUUUGUUACUAGUUAGCUAUGUCAUCCCAUCGGGGCUAAAUUACCUCCACUUCUUCCACUGUGUUCAGUAUGUAUGAAUUCAUGAUACACACAUGCAUACAUUUGUUGUAAUUUUAUUACGAAGUGAAUUAAAACCAGGCUGAAUUUGGGAGUCACAGCUGAAUCUGCAGCUUUCUUUAUCUUUAUAGAACUUUUCACUGAUUAAAACUUGAAGUUUACCUGACUAAUUGCUAAACAACCCAUGA